GAAUUGAACCCACAACCUAGGUAUGUGCCCUGACCAGGAAUCGAACCCGAGACCUUCUGGUGCACGGGACGACGCUCCAACCAACUGAGCCACACCGGCCAGGGCUCAAAGAGCCAUCUUUUGCAGGACUUUUAAGGAGUCCAAAGUGAACUAGACUUAAAGGGUUUUCCCUAACAUCUGAUCGUGUGGAAUCUUCUAGAGAGAAACCUUUCUCUAGGAAUUCUUCAUAUUCUCUCUGGACUGCCGGCCGACGCUCUAACCCUGAGCCAAACCGGCCGGGCUCUUCAUACUCUCUAAGCUGGUACCGACCUGCUUGUGUAGAGUAGCUUAGCAAUGAAAGGUGUGCAACAGAGGAACAUGGCUCAAGAAACUAAUCACAGCCAAGUGCCUAUGCUGUGUUCCACUGGCUGCGGAUUCUAUGGGAACCCUCGCACGAAUGGCAUGUGCUCGGUGUGCUAUAAAGAACACCUUCAACGGCAGAACAGCAGCAGUGGCAGAAUAAGCCCACCUGAUAAGGUGCUGAACUGCCCAGAGUGCACAGUCACUAAUGUGAAAUGUGGUGCCGUUACAGCGACUUCCGUCAGUAGUCUGUCCGACUCUUUACCAGUUCAGUGCACAGAGGGCAGCGUCCCAGAGGCUCCGUCAGCACUGGACUCCACAUCCUCGUCUCUGCAGCCAAGUCCUGUUUCAAAUCAGUCACUUUUAUCAGAAUCUGUAGCACCCUCCCAAGUGGACAGUACACCUGUGGACAAAGCAACACCUGAAACAGAAGACCUGCAAGCUUCAGUGUCCGGUACCGCACAGCAGCCAUCUGAAGAGCAAAGCAAGUCUCCUGAAAAACCAAAACAGAAAAAGAACCGCUGUUUCAUGUGCAGGAAGAAAGUGGGACUUACUGGGUUUGAAUGCCGGUGUGGAAAUGUUUACUGUGGUGUACACCGUUACUCAGAUGUACACAAUUGCUCUUACAAUUACAAAGCUGAUGCUGCUGAGAAAAUCAGAAAAGAAAAUCCAGUAGUUGUUGGCGAAAAGAUCCAGAAGAUUUGAACUCCUGCUGGAAUACAAAAUCCUUGACCACCUGCAAACUAAACAUUGACUUGAGGUUUUUUUCCUAGUCAUUGGGAAUGUAGAGCAUUGUAUCUCGCAUAGACCUUUUGAUCAUGCAUGUCAUCAGAAGAAUAGAUUUUGUUUUUGUUUUGAAAAUGACUCUGAACAUUUAUUUCCAUUGCAGUUUCUGUGGCUGAAAAGACUUAAGUAAACUUGACAAGUAUUAUCCUUCUAAGAUCAUUUUUAAUUUUAGUUGAGUGCAGAGAGCUUUUAUAACAAACGUGGAGAAAUUUUGGAGGGCUGUGAUUUUUUUUUUCCCCAGUAUUAAACAUGCAUGCGUUAAUCUUGCGGUUUAUUUUCUCAUUGUGUAUGUAUAUAUAGCUUUUCUCUGCAGCACGAUUUCUCUUUUGAUAAUGCCCACUAGGGCACAGCUUGUUAUCAGUAACUGAAUGUAUCUUAAUCAUUAUGGCUGCUUCUGUUUUUUCAUUAACAAAGGUUAUACAUAUGUUAGCAUAUAGUUUCUUUGCACCCACUAUUUAUGUCUGAAUCAUUUGUCACAGGAGAGAGUGUGCUGAUGAGAUUCUAAGUUUGCGUGUUUUAAAUUUUUUUUUUUUUUUUUUUUUUUUGAGCGAGGGAAGGAAAAACUGUAUGCAUUUCAUUGGUGACUGCAGGUUUCUUUCAGAUUACGUUCAUCCGUCUGUGUGUACACAAUAUGAAGAAUGAUCUGAAGUAAUUGUGCUGUAUUUAUGUUUAUCCACAAGUCUUUGAUUAAAUAAAAAGGAAAACCCUAACGUUCCCGUGU